AUGGAUGUCAUAUUUGGCAGAAAUAAGAAAGAACAUCCGGAGCCUGUGAAAGCCAAAGUGACAGGCAAGAUCCCAACGUGGCUGCGAGGGACGCUGCUCCGCAAUGGGCCGGGCAUGCACACGGUGGGGGAGACCAGAUACAACCACUGGUUUGACGGCCUGGCCUUGCUCCACAGCUUCACCAUCAGAGACGGUGAAGUCUAUUACAGGAGCAAAUACCUAAGGAGUGAUACCUACAAAGCCAAUAUAGAGGCAAACAGGAUUGUGGUGUCAGAGUUUGGAACAAUGGUCUAUUCAGACCCCAGAAAAAACAUAUUUACCAGAGCUUUCUCCUACCUGUCCCACAUCAUCCCAGAUUUCACAGACAACUGCCUGAUUAACAUCAUGAAGUGCGGGGAAGAAUUCUAUGCAAUCACAGAGACCAAUUACAUCAGGAAAAUCAACCCCCAGACUCUGGAAACUCUGGAAAAGGUUGAUUAUCGCAAAUGCGUGGGUAUAAAUGUGGCAACGUCGCAUCCUCAUUAUGAUUCUGCUGGAAAUGUUCUCAACAUAGGCACAUCCAUUAUGGACAAGGGGAAGACAAAAUAUGUGAUCUUUAAGAUCCCUGCCACAGUGCCAGGUAGGACGAAGGGGAAGAGCCCCUUGCAACACAUGGAGGUGCUCUGCUCCCUCACCUCCCGCUCUCUCCUCUCCCCGAGCUACUACCACAGCUUCGGGGUCACCGAGAACUACAUCAUUUUUCUCGAGCAGCCUUACAGGAUAGACAUUCUCAAGAUGGCCACUGCGUACAUCCAGGGAGUGAAUUGGGCAUCUUGUCUAACCUUCCACAAGCAGGACAAGACUUACAUUCACAUCAUCGAUCAAAGGACUGGGAAGCCCGUGCCCACCAAGUUUUACACGGACCCGAUGGUGGUCUUUCAUCACGUCAAUGCCUACGAAGAGGACGGCGGCCUUCUGUUUGACGUCAUUGCCUACGAGGACAACAGUCUGUACGACUAUUUCUACUUGGCCAACCUGAAACAAGACAUUAAAGGGCGCUCCGGGAACAACCCUGUCCCCGCCCUCAAGAGGUUCGCCGUGCCUCUCCGCACAGACCAGAAUGCAGAAGUGGGCUCAAAUUUAGUCCAACUGGCAUCUACCACAGCAAAAGCCCUGAAGGAAAAAGAUGACCAAGUCUACUGCCAGCCUGAGCUGCUUUUCAAAGGCUUAGAGCUGCCUCAGAUCAAUUACGCUCACAACGGGAAGCCAUAUCGAUAUGUCUUUGCUGUUGACGUUCAUACAAGUUCCAGCCCAACCAAGAUACUGAAGUAUGACCUUCUCACAAAGUCGAUAUUACAAUGGGAAGAGGACUACUGCUGGCUGUCCGAAUCCCUGUUUGUGCCCACGCCGGGUGCCACGGACGAGGACGACGGAAUUAUCUUAUCAGUCAUUAUCUCGUCCGAGCCCCAAAAGCCUCCUUUUCUGCUCAUUCUGGACGCCAGGAGUUUCACAGAACUGGCUCGCGCGUACAUUGAUGCGGACGUGCACCCGGAUCUCCACGGGUUAUUCGUCCCGGAUGUAGACUGA